AUACGAAUCUUUAUUCCAUACUAAAUGUAGUUAAAAAAAUCAUUGUCAGAAAUCGGAUGCCCUCUUCACUGGUUUUGCUUAAUACAUAUUAUAAAAUUAUUCAAAUCUGGAAGAUGAACUUUCGCGGAAGCUGCUCGAUUAUUUGAAGACAGCUGAUGUCUAUGGUCUUCCCAAAUUGCUUGGGUGUUAUCCGUUUACCUCAUUUUUCUUCUCGUGUCCUCCGUCCCACAUCAUUUUCCAAAAUUCAAUCUUCAGAAUAAUGCUUUCUUUUUGGUAAUUUCAAGUGGUAAGAUUGUAAUCUAUAACAUUGCUUUAGCUUCAUAUAAUCUAGUUUACAGAAAAAAGUCGUCGGCUUUAAUGAGGUAAGAUUUUCUUUAUGGGUCACAUACUUUUCAAAAUUCUGAUCAUCUUGAAUGGGUUCAGUUCAUAUCGCAUCAAUGCUAAAUCAAUAUGGUUUUAACCUCUAAUCCAACUGCUAAUUUCUUGGUGGGUUUGAUGAAUUGAUUCGGAUUCUCGACUGUUUAUAUGUUCAAAAAUUAUCGAUUGCUGUUAUUUCAAUCCGUUUCUCCCCAAACAAACACCUGAACGAUUACUGUGAUAUACAAACACAAAGUUCAUCACAUUGUAGAUGGGUAGCGACGAUGUGAACGAAGAGGAAACCGACGCAACAUCACCCACUCGCGAUCAUCACCUUCUGAGGCGCCCCUUUCGAACUCGUUACCCUGGUCAGGUUAGACUAAAAGCAUACAUCUUCGACGGAUUUGGUGAAUACUGUGAUAAAGAUUGGGAUUUAAUCCAAGGAAAUGGCAAAAAAUUCUGUUGGUAUCAUGUCGAACUUCCGAAAGGGAAUCAAAAGCUUUCUCAAUCAGCACAAUACCUAAUCGAUGUUCUUUGUCCACCAUUAAAGCUUCAAGACAUUCUUUCUUUAGUUAGCAAUGGACCCUAUUGUGCGCAUGUUGAUGGAGCUCUUGUAUUUAGGGUUAAUUCACCUGGUCCAGCUUCUAGCAAGUUUACAUUUCGAUUAGCUGCUAGAAUUACUGAGAAUUCAGUGAUUACUGUGUCAUUGGGUCGGGUACCCAGAUUAGGGUUUUCACCCGUGGGUCAAUCUUUGCUUACUGAGAUUCCAAGUGUUGAAAGUCCGAGUCCUAAAUUUGGUGAUGAGAUGGUGGAUAGAGGUGGGAUUGUAAUUAAGGAACAUGUUCUUGACUUUUUGUUGACUAUGAAUCAUUCAGAGGAGGCUGAUAAUCCUGUUCCUAGAUCUGUAUCGAAUCUUGUUGUUCAUGUUAUUGAUACGCAUGUGGAUCAUCUUGAAGAUGUUGUUACUAAACUUGAGAUUGGGCUUGAUUCUGUUGAACUUGAUCUGGAUAAAGGUGGUUUUUCUUUGAAGAAGCAAUUGUUGAAUGAUAGACGAUUUCCAAAAAUGCUUCUAGAUUUGCAACGCCUCUUGCAGGUGAUUGCACAUGGGGAACAAGUGUUCCCAAGAGUGAAAGAAAAGUGUUCAACAAAAAGUUGGUUUGCUAAUGAAGACAUCAAUUCACUUGAAGAGUUAAUUGGGCGACUCAGAAGACUAAAAGACAAUGUUGGCUUCAUAAGCAACCGAGUCAAGGCUGUCCAGGCUGGACUUGACAGCUGGCAGGCCGAACAAAUCAACAGAAAACUAUAUUGUCUAUCUUUCCUCUCUAUCAUCUUCCUUCCUUUAUCCAUUAUCACAGGAGUGUUUGGAAUGAAUGUGGGAGGUGUACCUUGGACACAACAAAAAGAUCCAAAGCUGAAAAUCGGGAAUCUAACCAUUGCACUUAAAUCUGUGUGA